AUGACUUCUCUUGGUGUGAAGAGAGACCCUUUAUCUGGGAAGGCCAUUGAAGAAGUCAAUAAUCCAGGUGGAGGUGUCGGACAUGGUACUUGGGAUGUUGGGAAAGGUGACGUGUUCAUCUGGGCGCUGAGAGGAAUUCUUUGGGACUUGGGGGAGGGGGAUAGGACAAAGCUUGUGUACAGGUGUACUACUUGGUCAUUCCUCUGUUCAAAACCCAAGGCCAACUGUGUCACCUCGCUGGCUCUCUCCUUCCCCCUGGUGAUAACACUUCCCCUGUUUUCCUUCAGAUCUACCUGUCUGACAAUUCAGAGGCCGACAAGAUUUGCCAACGAAGAAUCUCAGACGGGAGGUGAUUACUCCCUCAAUAUCAACACCGUCUCCACCCUAUCUCGUAUGUUGGACAGGGAGAACCUUUGGGUACAGGCUUUCCUGGGUACCCGUGCUUGCCUGGCAGAAUGCGACACGACUCCCAGCUUUCUUAUCAAAGCGGUGGAACCCAUUGUGAGGGACGUUCGUCGGUACAAUCGACCUAGGGCAUCUGAGAUUGGCGUCAUCAUCCCUGCAGGCCAAGGCUCAGUUGAUAAACGCAAUAUCAUCACACAAGGGGUGACUGGCUAG